CAGACAACACGACAUCGUCAAGAAAAAAAAAUCAACAGACACCAUUUAAACUGAACUAGUUCAUCUCUCUAUUUAGAUAAAAAUAUGCAUACAUCCAAUCAGUAUUUAUUGAUUGAACAAAAUUUUCAAAGAAGUCAAUUCAUUUACAAAUGGAAAUUGUUGGGAUUUAUUCAGUUGAUUUACGCGGUGUCAUGUUAUUUAUCAAAUUCUAUGGCAAUGCAACAAUAUCCUUCACCAGCAGUCUCUUCUGAGUCAGGACCUGAGAAUUAUGUUGACCUAUUAGAACCAAUCGAUGUUGUACAGAAUAAUCUUCACUUAAAUCCAUUCACGACUACAUAUGCGCUGGAUUGUAAUCAAUGGGAAAAUUGGAAUUCACAAUCGUCCAAUUCUUCUUCUGAUCAACAACUACAAAUGGACUCCAUUAAUCAACUGGAUGUCAAUUCAUCCUAUACACAAUUAUUACCAAUGAGUUUCUUAAUUGAAAUGAUACCACAUCGAAGAUUAUAUCCUGGACGAUCAUUUUUUUUCAGUCGUAUUGAUAGUUUAAAUCGUAUACGUCUAGCUAUUGGAUUAAAUCAAUGGGGUAAAUUUGGUGAAUGUAUGGAAUUAUGGAUACAUCAUGAAUUAUUUUAUAGUUUAGAACCAGAUCCGAAAAUUUCUUCAUAUUAUAUUGGAUCAGGUUUAGUAAAUCAUGCUGGUCUUGUGGUAGUCCCACUGCCGAAUUAUCAAUUCAAUACUAACAAAAUGAUGACAUUAAUCAUUGAAAUUACAAAUGCCAGUGUGAUUGUCUACAAUAAGUGUAAAUUAUUUCAUCAACCACUGUUCAGCAUUUAUUAUCGACAAAAUAUUCAAUAUCAUCAUUUACACGGUGAUAGAUUUGAAAAUAAAACAAAUCAAUUGUCAAGAAUGGAUAAAUUCUAUAUACUAUCCGGUGGACCAUAUCAUGGUGACCGAUUUCUAGGUGUUAUGAAACAGAUGAAAUUAUUUUUCACUGAAUAUGGAGCUCGAAAAUAUUGUUUUGAUAAUAGUGUAAUCGAAUUCAAUAGAACAAUUGAACAAACUUUGAACAACAUUGAUAAACAAUUAAACACUAUUCACAUUUAUAAUCGAACUAAAAAGCGGAUACUUAAUAAAAACAGUAGGAGAAACUACCAUGGAUUGGAAUCGAGUAAAUUUCCUAAAUGUACUCAAGAUAUUCAUCAGACUAAAUGUAAUUCAUUCAAUUUCAAUCAGUCAGUGAUAAAUGUGUCAAGUGAACAACCAACUGCGGUCAAUGAACGCCACACCGGAGACGCUGUGACCAGAGAUACUACACGAGGUGCUGACUCCAUCAGUCCCAUGGGUGGUGGUGGUGUGGAUGCGGACGAGGAGAAUCUUCUCGACACACAGGUGUCAAGUGAACAACCAACUGCGGUCAAUGAACGCCACACCGGAGACGCUGUGACCAGAGAUACUACACGAGGUGCUGACUCCAUCAGUCCCAUGGGUGGUGGUGGUGUGGAUGCGGACGAGGAGAAUCUUCUCGACACACAGGUGUCAAGUGAACAACCAACUGCGGUCAAUGAACGCCACACCGGAGACGCUGUGACCAGAGAUACUACACGAGGUGCUGACUCCAUCAGUCCCAUGGGUGGUGGUGGUGUGGAUGCGGACGAGGAGAAUCUUCUCGACACACAGGUGUCAAGUGAACAACCAACUGCGGUCAAUGAACGCCACACCGGAGACGCUGUGACCAGAGAUACUACACGAGGUGCUGACUCCAUCAGUCCCAUGGGUGGUGGUGGUGUGGAUGCGGACGAGGAGAAUCUUCUCGACACACAGGUGUCAAGUGAACAACCAACUGCGGUCAAUGAACGCCACACCGGAGACGCUGUGACCAGAGAUACUACACGAGGUGCUGACUCCAUCAGUCCCAUGGGUGGUGGUGGUGUGGAUGCGGACGAGGAGAAUCUUCUCGACACACAGGUGUCAAGUGAACAACCAACUGCGGUCAAUGAACGCCACACCGGAGACGCUGUGACCAGAGAUACUACACGAGGUGCUGACUCCAUCAGUCCCAUGGGUGGUGGUGGUGUGGAUGCGGACGAGGAGAAUCUUCUCGACACACAGGUGUCAAGUGAACAACCAACUGCGGUCAAUGAACGCCACACCGGAGACGCUGUGACCAGAGAUACUACACGAGGUGCUGACUCCAUCAGUCCCAUGGGUGGUGGUGGUGUGGAUGCGGACGAGGAGAAUCUUCUCGACACACAGGUGUCAAGUGAACAACCAACUGCGGUCAAUGAACGCCACACCGGAGACGCUGUGACCAGAGAUACUACACGAGGUGCUGACUCCAUCAGUCCCAUGGGUGGUGGUGGUGUGGAUGCGGACGAGGAGAAUCUUCUCGACACACAGGUGUCAAGUGAACAACCAACUGCGGUCAAUGAACGCCACACCGGAGACGCUGUGACCAGAGAUACUACACGAGGUGCUGACUCCAUCAGUCCCAUGGGUGGUGGUGGUGUGGAUGCGGACGAGGAGAAUCUUCUCGACACACAGGUGUCAAGUGAACAACCAACUGCGGUCAAUGAACGCCACACCGGAGACGCUGUGACCAGAGAUACUACACGAGGUGCUGACUCCAUCAGUCCCAUGGGUGGUGGUGGUGUGGAUGCGGACGAGGAGAAUCUUCUCGACACACAGGUGUCAAGUGAACAACCAACUGCGGUCAAUGAACGCCACACCGGAGACGCUGUGACCAGAGAUACUACACGAGGUGCUGACUCCAUCAGUCCCAUGGGUGGUGGUGGUGUGGAUGCGGACGAGGAGAAUCUUCUCGACACACAGGUGUCAAGUGAACAACCAACUGCGGUCAAUGAACGCCACACCGGAGACGCUGUGACCAGAGAUACUACACGAGGUGCUGACUCCAUCAGUCCCAUGGGUGGUGGUGGUGUGGAUGCGGACGAGGAGAAUCUUCUCGACACACAGGUGUCAAGUGAACAACCAACUGCGGUCAAUGAACGCCACACCGGAGACGCUGUGACCAGAGAUACUACACGAGGUGCUGACUCCAUCAGUCCCAUGGGUGGUGGUGGUGUGGAUGCGGACGAGGAGAAUCUUCUCGACACACAGGUGUCAAGUGAACAACCAACUGCGGUCAAUGAACGCCACACCGGAGACGCUGUGACCAGAGAUACUACACGAGGUGCUGACUCCAUCAGUCCCAUGGGUGGUGGUGGUGUGGAUGCGGACGAGGAGAAUCUUCUCGACACACAGGUGUCAAGUGAACAACCAACUGCGGUCAAUGAACGCCACACCGGAGACGCUGUGACCAGAGAUACUACACGAGGUGCUGACUCCAUCAGUCCCAUGGGUGGUGGUGGUGUGGAUGCGGACGAGGAGAAUCUUCUCGACACACAGGUGUCAAGUGAACAACCAACUGCGGUCAAUGAACGCCACACCGGAGACGCUGUGACCAGAGAUACUACACGAGGUGCUGACUCCAUCAGUCCCAUGGGUGGUGGUGGUGUGGAUGCGGACGAGGAGAAUCUUCUCGACACACAGGCACACCUACAACGUAUUAUUCUUGAAAUCACAACGGUUUUAAUUCAGGGAUUUUUAAACUAUUUAGGUACGGUUUCUACAAACAUUGAUAACAUUGGUUGA